AUAUAAUACACCCGCCCAAGAAUGGUAUUGGAAGGAAAAAAUACAAGUGUAAGUUUAAGAAAUGGAAAUUGAAGCGGAUGAAUCAUUUAAGAAGGCUGGAGCUGUUCCAUUUAAAUGGGAAAUCCGACCCGGUGUACCCAGGCUCCAAUAUUCACAGCCAUCACCAUUGUCGGACGAGAUUCCAGAAACCCCACGUAAGCUAAGACCUCCACCAGCAGCUAGUUUCAGUUUCCAACCACCAAAUCCGGAGCCCCGGACCCGAUCUUUCCGGUCAGCUCCACGGGCACGCUCCGAAAGGCACUAUCUGCUGACCCGACCCUCUAUGGGAGUUGUUGCAUCAGAUGGUUGCUUUCCGUCUCCAUUGCUGAAGAAGAAGAAGAAGAAGACUGGACCCGAACCCGAAUCCGAAGCUGAUUAUAUGUCGGAUCUUGAGACGGUUUCUAGAUGGUCUGUGUCGACCCGAAAGUCUGUUUCUCCUUUUCGUGACUCACUUUCGUCUUCGUUUUCGUCACAUGAGUCGUCGCCUAGACGACCUGUGAGUGAUGCUGAUUGGCUUGGCUUUGCUCUCUUUUAGAACAUCACACUAUCUUUCUUUCAACACAAAAGUUUUUUUUGCUCUUUUGUGUCUAUAUUUCCUUAAUAAAUGUAGUACUUAGUAGUUUACUGUAUAAGGAUGAGGGACUUUUCUUUGAGUCGUGUAGUGGAGUCCACAGUGAAAUGGAAUCGGUUAUGAUUCAAUUGACGUGGAGAAUAAGUAGGGAGCGCGAGAAGUAGCUGUUUAUGCCUUCAAAUACAAAAUGAGGGUAGCAUAAUCCAGUGAAUCAAUCACUUCCUUUUGUUUUCA